ACGGCUGGGUCAGGGGGAGGGAGGGAGCAGCAUGGAUGACUCAUACUGUAUCUGCUGACACUUUGUAUGGACACGCCGUUAGAUAUAAUGGUGCCUGUGUGAUCCCUCAAAAACAAACUGUUAAGCUUACUAGCAAGUUCGCCUAUAACCGAGAAGUCCUGGCCUCAACUCCAGCACAGGUCAUGGGGUAACAUAUUGGUAUUAGGUUAACUCGAGUUAUAUCCCAGACAGACCAGGUAGGUACCCAGUGUACAAUAACACCGACACUCAUCAUGCCAGUAACCGACCUGCCACCUAGCACAAUAGACAGGUCCUGAAUUUAGCUCGCAUUUCAAACUUUUUUUUUCUUCCUGGAGCUGGCACACAUGCCCAAAUUAUCCCUGACACUUGUUAACGCCCUCUCUUCCACCGCCGUUGUUGUGAGCAAAGGUUCCUGCACACAAACACAAACGCAUGCACACACACACACAGCACUCAUACACACACACGUAUACUCAUUUACACACAUACACGCACGUACGAGCGCACACUCCCCAGUCAUAACUGAAUGACGGCAGGUCGCUAUGGAAACUGCGUUACGCUCCGGGCGGCCGAAGGAGAAAACAAGAGCGCGAGGACUCGUUUCAUUCUUCAUUUCAGCACCACGCGCCUCCCGGACAGCGCCCGAAUGAACUCGCGCGCAGAUUCCAGCAUCGCAUUCCUCACGAGGGACAGAGCCGCAUCAGCACCGAGCCUCGCCGGAGUGGGUAGGGACUUCAGGACAAACCCGCGACGCACACGACACACUACCCGUCCGGACCUGUAGCUCGGCGGAUACACUCGGUUCAGUUCCGCUGACCAAGCCUGGAGCCGGUCGCUCCCUCGACUGCCACAGCAACAGGGCAGCAGCAGCAGCAUGUCUGAGAGAAAAUCCAGUCAGCGGUUUCACAGCCUGAACACAGAGCAGGUGGAGGUUCUCCACCAGGUUCUUUCGGAGGUGGUUCCGAUCCACGGCCGCGGGAACUUUCCCACGUUGGAGCUGCGUCCUCGUGACAUCAUCAUAGCUGUGCGGGCUAGGCUUCAGAACCAGGGAAUCACAGUUAGAGAUGUUCGUCUGAACGGCUCCACAGCCAGCCACGUCCUUGUGCGAGACAACGGGACGAGCUACAAGGACCUGGACAUCAUCUUUGGAGUGGAGUUGCCCAGUCAGGAGGAGUUCCAGGUGAUCAAAGAGUCAGUGCUGGGCUGCUUGCUGGACUGCCUGCCUGCUGGGGUCAACAGGGAGCGGAUCAGCAGCGCCACAAUGAAGGAGGCGUAUGUUCAGAAAAUGGUCAAAGUCUUCAAUGAGCACGACCGCUGGAGCCUCAUCUCACUCUCAAACAACAGUGGCAAAAACUUGGAGCUCAAAUUUGUGAGUGCCCUGAGGCGGCAGUUUGAGUUCAGCGUAGACUCCUUCCAGAUCAUUCUGGACCGCCUCUUAGAGUCCUACAUGCAACAGGAUUCACAGCACAAAAUGAAUACAGUUGAUCUUAUGGACCAGCCUGCAGAGACCCCCUCUGUGCUCAAUCAGACUAGUGCUGCAGAAGCGGAGAAGUCCACAGGCAAAGACUUAUUCAGUAAAGAAGAGUCUCAGAUCAGCCGGACACAGAAAGAUGAGGUGCAUGAGAAGGAGUCUCAGGCAGAAUUAACACAACACACUAAACAUUUAAGUCCAAUAAAAGACCCCACACAGGAGAAAAAAAACAAAGAGAAAACACCUCCAGACCUCAAAGAGGUGUCAGAACACACGGCAAACUUAAACGAGACCAACCAGACAUCUCUGAACCUUUUGUCAGAAGAGAAACAAACCUCUGAGAGCAAUGAACCACCAGCUCAGACUGAACUCAAACAUGAGCCUGAGCUCUCAGACAAAACUGAAUUCUCAACGGAGGUGGAACAGUCGGAGCAAUCGAAGCCCUGCGAUGCCCAACAACCAGAACACUUAAAUCACAAGGAACUUUCUGUCCAGGAAGAACUGGCUUACCACACAAAACCCCCCGAUGAACAGAAAGAACUCACAGAGCAGAUGGGACAGUCUGAGACGCCAGAAACCUCAGACAAAACCCAAGGAGAGUGUCUAAACCACGCAGAACAGCCUCACAGUACAGAGCAGGCUGAUAAGACAGACUUAUCCGAGUGUUUCACAGAUGAUCAGAGGAGCAAUGAGGAAGAUAAAGCUGAACACGUGUCUGCUCCAGACACUAGCACAUCUUCAAAUGAGACACAGUUAGCAGAUGAAAGGGACGGCGAAGCCAAGACCAGUGAGGAGAUAGAAGACGAGAGCAAAGAUGACGCAGAAAAAUGUGAAACCACAGAAGAGAUCCUGGCAUUAGAAGCAGAACAUGUAGAAGACACACAGGGUAUCGAUUGUUCCUGCGCCACCUCUUCCAUUCAUACAGAUUGCAACACACAGCCUGCUAUACAGGACAUAUUAGAGAUUCACAGCACACAACAGACAGGUAACUCAGAAAAAACACCCAACACACUUGACGAAGUCAGCGCUUCAGAUACUCAGGACAUUUUACCUGCAUCGCCCAGCCUUGUUUCUGACAAAAAGACCUCCUCUUCUCUCUCCUGUAAGGCCUCAGAGAGGCUGUCUCACAUGGUGGUGCUCAAACACUCCUCUCCCAAACCCCCUCGCAGGAUGUGUAGAAAAGUUGCCCCAAAUCUGAACCCCAGCCCAGUCUCUGACAGUGAACUUGCUGCGUCCUGUCUCGAUCCACACCCUUGCCCCGCCCUUGAAUGCGAGAAAGACUUUAACCCAAAGCCAAACCCUACAUCUGCCCCAGCAACCAGUGUCUCAGAUAAAACGAAUUCAGGGCCCGAAUCCGAUCCUUCAAGCGACAUAUCCUCAAACCUUGAUCUUGACCUUACCUCAGACACUGACCCAGCCCCUUCUACAGUCUCAGCUGUGGAUCCCACAUCUUCUUUCACUCAAGAGUCAUCCACUCUUCCUUCACCAUCCUCUCAGCUAAACACAGAUGAUUCACAUAAAAUUGAAAGUGUUCACAGCCUAAAACAGACACCAACUACAGAUGAUGUUGAGGAGCAAAGUCAGUCCACCCUUAGAGAAACCAUCUCUGCUCCCAAACCACUGGAGCCUCUUGACACGGUGGACACAUUAGUUUCACAAACCGAUGCGUCCAACCCCCAAGAAGCCGUGUAUACCUCAGAAGCUGAGCUCAGUGAUGAAGCUGAUGACAGAAUCCAACAACAAACCAAAAAGGUGGACGUGGGCCAGUCCAACGUCGCUUCAUCAGAGACCACGCUUAGCUCACCUUCCUCUUCCCAUUGUGUUACACCUCCUAUUUCCUGUGUCACGCCUCCUGUUUCCUGUCUCACCCCUCCCAUACUCAGUCUCUCCCCUCCUUGCUUCACUCCCUCGCCCCCCAUCCUCAGCCCUCCCCCGUGCCUGACCCCUCCAUCUCACUGCCUCUCAUCUUCGAUGCUGAGCACCGUCAGCCCCACGACAAGUUUCAGCUCUCCACCCCUAAGCUUCAGUCCUACAUCUUCCUGCCUCAGCUCACCUCCGUACCUCACCCCUCCCAUGCUCAGCCUGAGCCCUCCUCCACUCUGUCUUACACCCCCUUCCCCCUGUCUCAGCCCACCUCUCCUCUGCCUCACUCCACCCGUGGAUUCAGAGGACCUCGUACCUCAGGUAUCUCCAGACAUGGAGCCUUUGAUACUGAACACAGACACAGAUGAACAGAUUAAAGGGCCCUCUCCUCAGCCAGGAGUUCCUCUCUUACAGUUGGAGGAUAAAAGGGAACAGGAUUAUAUCUCACCUUUGCCCGAGGUUGCCGAGCCUGUCGCUUUUCCAAUCACAAUCCCAAACUCCACCUCACAUGUGCAGCCUAACUCUCAGUUUGGAGACCCAGGGGACUCUGUCCCUUUAGAAACCGUUGAGGCAUCCAGCUCUGCACCUGUGAUCAAAGAGGCCCCUAAGGUAACCACAGACAAGUCUGAACAGUGUGACGCCCCUCAGGCAUCUGGCUCGGUCCCUGCUGUCGAAGUCCUGGCAGAAAGCAUGUACGGUGACUUUGAGGCAGCCAUGGACCACCUGCGCUACCGCCUGAUCGCCACCAGGAACCCAGAGGAGAUUCGAGGUGGCGGUUUGUUGAAGUACAGCAACCUGUUGGUCAGAGACUACCGACCAGCCAGCGAGACUCAGAUAAAGACACUGGAGCGCUACAUGUGCUCCCGCUUUUUUAUUGAUUUCCCAGAUGUGCAGGAGCAGCAGAGGAAGAUCCUGUCCUACUUGAAGAACCACUUCAUCGGUGAGGAGAGAAGCAAGUACCAAUACCUGAUGACGCUGCGUCGCGUGGUGGACGACAGCACGGUGUGUCUUAUGGGACACGAGAGGCGCCAAACACUGAACAUGAUCACAGUGUUGGCGCUGAAGGUUCUCGGAGAGCAGAACAUUAUACCUAACACAGACCAUGUGACAUGCUUCUACCAGCCUGCCCCGUACCUCGCUGAGCACAGUGCCCCCUAUCUAGCAGAACCCAGUUACUGCAGCUACUACAUACCCCAAGGGGGAUCAACUCUUCUAUACCAACCGUACCCCUUGCAUCUGCACCCGCAGACCGGACUAGUUUAAAACAGGCAUACAUUUACUUACACGAAACACACAAUUGACCAAGGGGAUGGUGCUUGCCAUUAAGAAAGAAAUGGAGAAUAGAAAUGUAAUCCAGGGAUAUACUGCUUGGUCUAUAAUAGACCUAUGGGGGUGGGACUGAGUGUGUUUUUACAGUAAACUCCCUGAGUACUCUGUAGGGAUUUAACAUGAUUAUAUGUAAUUAUAUGGGCUUUGUGGGAAAAUAAUAAUUCUUCCGAUAUUGUUAAAAAUUCCAGAAAAUGCUGUAUGCACUGCAUGAGUCAUAGGCCAACUGUGCUGUUGACACACACACACACACACACACACACACACACACACACACACACACACACACACACACACACACACACACUUACAUGCAAACACACUUCCAGGUUAUUACAUUCUUGUACACUUUUCAUGUUCUUACUGUGUUGUUCUUAAUGGGUUUGUUCAGAAUGUGGACUUUGCCUGUGGUUGAUAUUGUGCAUGGAUACAUUAGGACUGUUCUCUCACUGCCAAAUACUGUGUGACUACUAUGCUUCUUAAACAGUUUAAUGUAAUGUUGUUAUUCGUUUACCGACGGGGGGUGUAUUCUGAAAAAUGAUGGAGGGACAAGUAUACCAAUGUGAAGAGUACUUUCAUCAAAACACACGCAUGCACAACACACACACACACAAACACACACACAUAAAUAUAAACACACGAGCAAAUGUGUAAUACUGUAUGCACACAGUUAGAUGAUGCAUGACUAGCUAAAUUAAUUACAUCCUAAAGUCACAGCAAAGGCUUUUAAUUUAUUAAAGAUUGAUCUAUUUUUGCAAGACUUUCCAAGAUAAUACUUAGUGGUAAACAUACCGGUUUGUUCUUACAGAAAAAUGCCAACAACAAUGCCUUUGGAAUAGACUGUACAGCAUAUUGAUUACAGAACAUUGUGUGCGAAUACACAGCAUUGUUAUCAGGUAAACUGUGUUAAGAUGUACUGCUUGAUUCCUUUCCCUUGUGCAGUCCUUUCUGUAAUCAUGUGAAGUAUUGUAUCGAUUAGUGUUUAAUUUAUUUAAUGCAAAAGUUUACUCUAUGGAGGUGGUCAGGUUAUAACCAUCUUUGGGUCAUCUCUAAACAUGACAGAUCCAGAUCUGUCUAGAUGGAAAAUUACAUCUAAACUCAUGAUUCCUCUCAGUGUGAAGCAGCAUCUUCGGAUUCACACCAGAACCAACGUGAAACAAUUUCAGAUCCACCUCAAACAUGUUUGAAUCCAUGUUUGAAGCCGCGCUUCAGUAGUGACUAUGACCAAAGAUGGUUCGGUAGGGAAAUCAAGUGCCUAAAUGUGAGACAUCAUUGGCAUGUCUUUAUCUCACUGCACUGGGGGAGUUAAUGGGGUGGGCCUGGGGCUGGGUCGGGUGUGUGUUCAGUUGUUGACCCCUGUUACUGCUGCCCAUUUUGAUGUCUUCUUUAAUGUAGUCCUUUGUUGUAGUUUAUUCAUGUACAAUUUGAUAAAAUAAAGGGGAAACUAAAAAAAAAAAAAAAAA